AUGCCCCAGUACGCUCCCCGUCAAGUUGGCACACCUGAUAACUCUGACUCGUCCGAAUAUGAAUCGGACUCUGGUCCAGUGUCUGUCGGCGUCUCGUCAAUUAGCCAGCCAACGGUCUCGAAUGGUCGAAUGCCGCAACACGAGGACAUGGAGAUCAUCUGGCGCUUACAACUUGAAAACCAAACGCUGAAGAACAAUAAUUGUGCUUUAGGCGAGACGAAUAAGACAUUAUCAGCAAAUCAAUGGCGAUCGUCUUCGAGUACCCAAAUUCCAGAUGAGCUGAAGGCUUUUGACGCUGAACUUGCAACUUUUUCCCGCAAGUAUGGUAUCAUUGCAGAGAUGUUCCCACCCAUGCACCGCAUCCUCAAACUUCCUGUGCUGAAGCCUCCACCUGCCAUCCUAUCUGGGAGCCGCUAUGCAACCAAGAGCGCAGAAGAACUCUGUCUUGUAACAGAGCUAUACUCACUUCUCCCAGAUCAUCUUCAUCGCUUUGUACCGACUAGUCAUUUCCAAUCGUUGCAAAUUGACUAUUGGUAUAUAACACCACAGCUGGGACAACAUCUUAAGGCGGCCGCUCAAGGUGUAUUUUCGGUCUUGAUUCUUCCUACUUCGACACCGGGUUUACGAAGCGAGACACGAUCCCCUGAAAUCCAGAAACUGCUUGGUCAAUCAUCUUCGAUGUUUCCACCUGUCCUUUUUACGAGGCAAGAAAUGGACCUAACGAUGUCAACAGUUUUCGGUAACUGGGAACCGCUCGCAAAGGCGAUUAGAAUUGUAAUGUUCGUAAAAAAUUCAGCUGGACAUUGUUGGGUGGCCAGCGCUAAGUGUAAUGCUCGAAAGUGGGGCAUAACAUCAUGCACCCCUGGCCUCCUUGCCUGGGGUUGGGUUGUGUUGAUAUUUAUUCUGUCCUCGGACACUUCAUUCACUAAAGAUGGAGUCGGUGCAAGGUCUCGACUACCCAACUAUGGGUCACUGCUUUGGGAAGAGCCCCAUAUCAUUUCGAUCCGUCAGAAAAUCAAUACCCAUGUCUGGCAGUCAUCAACCUCGAAUGUUGCAGCCUCAGAAGCCGAAGGCAAAGAUUUCACUUCUGAUCUAAUGCGCUUGGCUCUUGCUAAUGCUGGCCACAAAGAUUCAGAUUCUCCGACUAUCAAUGAAGAUCCCGCACCUCCCACAACCCCUACUUCACCAAUAAUUGAUACUCCAGUUGUCAUUGCGCCACCUGUCCCUCCCACUGUACCAGCUAUCACCCCUGCCAUGUCGCCCCUGGACCAGGCCACUGAAACUAUCAUCAACCCAGUUCCCAGAUCCACCACUGAUCAACUUCCAGUCUCACUCACAGGCAAUACCAAUGGGGAGAUCAUGUCACAAGCUGUAGCCUCUGGGUCAUCGUCUUCUCGACAGGGCCGAGGCAAAAAGGCUGGCGUACUUGCACCAGUUUCAUUGUCAACUGAUACAGCAGAGCAGCAAUGUGGUCGGCCAGUGAGAUCUCGCAAGAAGAAGCAGUAG